AUGAAGCCCUCCUUCUCCCCCUCGUCUUCCGGCUGCAACCUCCUCGUUCUCCUCCUCCUCUCUCUCUUCUUCUUCUUCGUCUUCUCCGCCGCGGCCCUCUCGGACGGGGAGGCGGCGGCGAUCGUCCGCCGGCAGCUCCUGACGCUGCGGGAGCGCGACGACCUCCCCGACGACUUCGAGUUCGACGUGCAGGUCAACGUGAGGAUACGGAAUCCCCGCCUCCGGCGAGCCUACAUCGCGCUGCAGGCGUGGAAGGACGCCAUCAUCUCCGACCCGUUCAACUUCACCGGCGACUGGGUCGGCCCCGACGUCUGCUCCUACAGUGGUGUCUUCUGCGCGGCGGCUCUGGACGACCCAUACGCCGAGGUGGUCGCCGGAGUAGACCUCAACGGCGCCGACAUCGCCGGCCACCUCCCCGUGGAGCUCGGCCUUCUCACCGACCUCGCCCUCUUCCACAUCAACUCCAACCGCUUCUGCGGGAUCAUCCCCAAGAGCUUCUCCAAGCUUGUCCUCCUCCACGAGUUCGACGUCAGCAACAACAGGUUCGUCGGCGGCUUCCCGACGGUGGUGCUCGCCCUGCCGGUGCUCAAGUAUCUGGACCUCCGAUUCAACGACUUCGAGGGGCCGCUACCGCCGGAGCUCUUCGACAAGGAGCUGGACGCCCUGUUCCUGAACAACAACCGCUUCACCUCCCACAUACCUGAGAACAUGGGCAACUCCAAGGUCUCCGUCAUGGUGCUGGCCAACAAUCAGCUGGGGGGCUGCAUCCCUAACAGCGUCGGCAGGAUGGCCGCCACUCUGGAGGAGCUCGUCCUCCUCAACAAUGGCCUCUCCGGCUGCCUCCCGCCGGAGAUGGGGCUCCUGGAAAACUCUACCGUGGUUGACCUGUCGUGGAAUGGCCUCACAGGGAUGCUGCCGAAGAGCUUCUCUGGGCUGGCGACGGUGGAGCAGCUCGACGUGGGGCACAACGUGCUCACCGGCUUCGUCCCCCGGGGGCUCUGCAAGCUCCCGAGCCUCGCCAACUUCACCUUCUCCUACAACUUCUUCAAUGGCGAGGACGCCGCCUGCGUGCCCUCAUCGGCGGCGACGGGAGGGGUCAUCUUCGACGACCGCAGCAACUGCGUCCCCUCGCGGCCGCGCCAGAGGAGGUCGGAGGAGUGCAAGUCGGUGGUGGGUCGCCCCGUUGACUGCGGAAGAUCCAAGUGCGGUGGAGGCGGCGGUGCAGGCGGUGGCGGUGCAGGGGGUGGCGGUGCAGGUGGCGGCGGCAGCGGCGGCGGCUCGUCCUCUCCUGUUUCACCUCCCCGCCACGGGCAGAGCCCGGUGACGCCAGUUCGACCCACGCCGCCGCCGCGGUCGCCGGCUCCGGCGCCGCCGACGGUGCACCAUCCUCCGCCGCCAUCGCCGUCCUCGCUGAUCCGCCGCUCCCCACCACCACCAGCAGACGGAAGUAGCCCUGUUUAUCGGGCUCACCCACCUCCUCCUCCGGUCAGUUCGCCGUCCCCACGCAUCCAUUCACCACCCCCUCCUCUGGUGAACCUCCCUCCGCCGCCGCACUCUCCACCUCCUCCUCCGGUGAACUCCCCUCCGUCGGUGCACUCUCCCCCACCUCCUCCUUCUCCUCCAGUCCAUUCGCCGCCACCUCCUCCAGUGAACUCUCCUCCCUCACGGCCUCCUCUCCGACCGUCUUCGCCACCAAAGCACUCUCCGCCGCCGCCGUUGGGCUCUCCACCACCACCACCUCCUCCUCCCGUGAACUCUCCUCCCCCGCCGCCGGUGCACUCUCCUCCCCCACGGCCUCCUCUCCGACCGUCUUCGCCACCAAAGCACUCUCCGCCGCCGCCGGUGCGCUCUCCACAACCACCACCUCCUCCUCCCGUGAAGUCUCCUCCCCCGCCGCCGGUGCACUCUCCACCACCACCACCUCCUCCUCCCGUGAACUCUCCUCCCCCGCCGCCGGUGCACUCUCCACCUCCUCCUCCUCCUCCGCCGGUCCACGCGCCACCCCCACCGGUUCAUUCGCCGCCACCUCCUCCUCCGCCGGUCCACUCGUCGCCACCUCCUCUUCCGGUGAAUUCUCCUCCCCCGCCGCCGGUGCACUCUCCACCACCACCACCUCCUCCUCCCGCGAACUCUCCUCCCCCGCCGCCGGUGCACUCUCCACCUCCUCCUCCUCCUCCGCCGGUCCACGCGCCACCCCCACCGGUUCAUUCGCCGCCACCUCCUCCUCCGCCGGUCCACUCGUCGCCACCUCCUCUUCCGGUGAACUCUCCUCCCCCGCCGAUGGUCCACUCUCUACCUCCGCCUCCUCCAGUUCAUUCCCCACCCGCACUGGUUCAUUCGCCGCAACCUCCUCCGGUGAACUCUCCUCCCCCACCGCCUCCAGAGCACUCACCUACCCCGCCGGUGCACUCUCCGUCUCCAACCCCGGUGUGGUCAACCCCGCCACCGGUCUACUCCCCGCCUCCGCCGCCACAGCUUCACUCUCCUCCGCCGCCGCCAGUUAACUCACCUCCGCCCCCUCCGCCGCCAGUCUCGACGCCACCGCCACCAUCCUACUCCCCUCCGCCACCGCUCCCAUUGUCCUCCCCUCCGCCACCGCCUCCAGUAUACUCCCCCCCUCCACCUGUCCACUCGCCACCGCCGCCGCCACCACCAUUCAUCCUCCCGCCGGUGGAAGGCUUCUCCUACGCAUCGCCUCCGCCGCCUGUCUACAGGGGUUACUGA